CCGCAAGCCAUGCUAAUGUAAACUCUCAACGUUUGUUCACGUGACCAUCUUGUUCUAUCUAUUUAAUCUGCGUAGCCCAACUGCUGUACCUUCUCUACAGUCAUGGCUAGGCUGCUCCUUUUGUUUGCCUUCCUUGUGCUUCCAGCACUUGUUAGCUCACAAACCCAGUCCCCGUUCCGCAUUCACGGCCAAGUCUAUUGCGAUACAUGUCGUGCUGGCUUCGAGACCUCCAAAACAACUUACAUACGCGGCGCAAUAGUGAAAAUUGAAUGCAAAGACAGGAAGAGUUUGCAACCUAUGUACACCACACAGGGUGUGACUGGCGAAAAUGGGAAAUUCAUUUUAACAGUGAACAGUGAUCGCCAGGACCAGAUAUGCAACACUGUUCUUGUUAGCAGCCCAAUCUCAGAUUGCAGAACACCGGAUCCGGGUCGAAACCGAUCGGAAAUAAUCCUUACGGGGGACAAUGGUGCUGUCUCUAAUGUUCAUUUUGCAAAUCAAAUGGGAUUUCUCAAAGACAAGCCAUUGCCUGGCUGCGCUGAAUUGAUCAAGAAAUUGUUGUACUCUGAUUCUUAGUCAUGACUUGUUAGUACUUAACACUGCCAUUCUUCUCAAAUGUUGGUGUGAUUUAUAUGUAUUAUCAUCUUAUAUGUACCCUCUUCUUCUGAUUAAAUAAGAUUAUGUCACA